AUGGCACAAGAUUUGAGUUGGAUCCGUUCGGGAUUUGAACUCAGCAAACUCAAUUUUGCAUGGAAGAUUCAAGUGCCGUUUCUUAUUCGGACUGCAGAUGGGAAAGGCAAACGUGAAACGCAGUUCAGUGACGUCGAAUUUUAUGUCGGUGGCCGUGAAUUCCCUGCCCACAAGAACAUUUUGGCAUCAAGAAGCAAAUUUUUUGCGGCCAUGUUCGAAAAUCUAUCCAAAGAAAAGUUAACUGAUCAAAUUGAAAUUGAAUGUGUCAAACUGGAAGUGUUUCACCAACUUCUCCGCUUUAUCUACACGGGACGGUUGACUGCAACAACGAUAGAAGCUAUGGCCGCCGAUCUCUAUAUCGCUGCAAUUAAAUACCAGCUGGAUGAACUGAAAAAGAAAUAUGUGGAUCCAGAAGUUUUUGACCUAGUUCUCCACUUUAUCUGCAAGGGCCGAUUGACUGCAACAAUGAUGGAAGCUAUUGCUGCCCGUCUAUAUAUCGCUGCAGAGAAGUACUAG